AUGGCCGCGGCCACGGCGGGAGGAGCCCCGGGUCCGACCCCCGGCCCCGCCAGGCCCGCGCCGGCCGGCCGGAACCUGCCGGCCAUGCCUCGGAGGCGUGGGGACUCCCGGAGCCGCCAGGCCUCCCCCUUCUUUCUCAACAACAUCUCCCUGGACGGACGGCCCCCGAGCCUGGGUCCCGGAGGCGAGAAGCCACCGCCGCCGCCCGCUCCACCCGGAGGCCUCCUGGGGCUGCCAGUCAGGCCCGCGUCCCAGGGCCUGCUCAGCCCCACGACGGCGCCUGCUGGUCUCGGCCUGGACCGGCAGCCCCAAAGAACCAAGCAUGCGUCUGGAUCACCAAGACACAAAAGCCUGAAGACACAAACCCACUUCGUCAAGAACAUGAGGCAGUACGAUACAAAGAACAGCGGGAUUGUGCUCAUCUGUGCCAAGCCGUCCCUGUGUGCGGCCUUCUCAGUCCUGCCCUAUGGAGAGGGCCUGCGGACCAGUGACCUGAGGGUGGACAGCCAGAAGCAGAGGCACCCAUCCGGCGGCGUUUCUGUUUCUUCUGAGAUGGUCUUUGAAUUGGAAGGCGUUGAGCUGGGAGCAGAUGGAAAGGUCGUGUCUUAUGCAAAGUUCCUGUACCCUACUAACGCCCUGGUUAUACACAAGAAUGACAGUCAUGGCUUGCUGCCCCAGCCUCGGCCCAGCAUCCCCCGGGCUCCACCAGGUUCAAGACACAAACCUGUGCCUGCCAAGUCAACACCAGCUGGCACAGAACUAGGAAGCGACGGGGGAGAUGCAGUAGAAUACAACCCCAACCUCCUGGAUGACCCACAGUGGCCAUGUGGGAAGCACAAACGUGUAUUCAUCUUUGCUUCAUAUAUGGCCACUGUCAUAGAGUAUGUGAAGCCUGCGGACCUCAAGAAGGACAUGAAUGAGACCUUCAGGGAGACGUUCCCUCAUAUCAAACUGACCUUGAGCAAAAUUAGGAGUUUAAAACGGGAGAUGCAGAAUCUUUCUGAAGAAUGCAGCUUGGAGCCUGUGACCGUGUCCAUGGCCUAUGUGUACUUUGAGAAGCUCGUACUGCAGGGCAAGCUCAACAAACAGAACUGCAAAGUGUGUGCUGGCGCCUGUGUUCUGUUAGCUGCCAAGAUCAGCAGUGACCUCCGCAAGAGUGAAGUGAAGCAGCUCAUUGACAAGCUGGAGGAAAGGUUCCGGUUCAACAGGAAAGAUCUCAUUGGAUUUGAGUUCACAGUGCUUGUGGCUUUGGAACUGGCCCUGUACCUUCCCGAGAACCAAGUGUUACCUCACUACAGACGCCUCACCCAGCAGUUCUAGUCCAACAGUGCACCCCACAGGGAGGCUGCUUUGGCUAGAGCACUGACA